ACUAAUUUCGGCGCCCACAUAUGGCAAGAAAAAAAGUGAAUUUCCUCUACUGAAGUGCCUCGUACGGUAUUCCCCACCAAAUCAAGCGAACGACAUUAUCAGGGACAAGUUAUCGCACGUAAUUCAAGAUGGUGAUCGCAAGUAAGUGGCCACUGAGGUCAAGACAAUGGCAGUAGUAACGAUAAGAGUAGCAAUGGAGUCUGACUGUAUGAAGAUGGCAAUCUGGAGCUGGAAUAAGAAGCGGUCGACUCGUUUUGCUUCAGUACAAUUCUUGUUGUCCUGGGACACAUUGGACAGAGGAACGCUAACCUAAUUCGCAAUGCUUUUUAAAUUUUGAAUGCAAUUUCACUCGGUAGCUGAACUUUGCGCUCUUUCAGAGUACAGGAUUUAUCCUGGAAAUGGGAAACUCAUGAUUCGUCGUGACGGAAAACCCAUCUGGCUUGGAACCUCYAAGGCUCACAGCUUGACAAUCCAACGAAAAAAGGCGGCCAAGCUCGUCUGGACCCAGGCGUGGAGACGCCUGCACAAGAAGGGACUUUCUGAGACCACCACGAAGAAGCGCACUCGUCGUGCCAACAAAGUUCAGCGAGCUGUCGUUGGUGCUUCAUUGGAAGACAUUAAGAAGAGAGCUUCAGAAAAGAGCAGUGUCCGAUCAGCUGCCCGAGAGUCUGCCUUGAAAGAUUUGAAAGCUCGUAAGACUGCCACAAAGAAGAGCGGUGCAAAGGGUGGUGCCAAGGGUGCAACGUUCCAAAAAGUCCCCAAACACAUGCCUAACCGAAACCGUCGUUAAGUAUAUUCGGGUUUUCACCUAGAAUGUUUAUCGAACUCAAAAUAUUUUCUACUAUUUAGAAAUCGAAUGUUACCCCUCUAGUACUCGAUAGUUGUAGCUGAUUAACAAUAUCUGCAAACGAUACCGUGCAGAAUCAUGAGGAUAAUUGUCAGCUGUGGUUGGAAGCAUUCGUGUCGAAAUAAUACCAAGGAGUAAAU